GUUUUAGCUCCAGCCCAGUUUCGAGGAACUAGCCAAUCCCCUGUGGAGCCACGCCCCCGGCUCGAACGCUUGCACUUCACUUCCUUUCAGUGCUGUUGUCCGAAGCUCACAGUAGCUCGUCGGGAUAUGACUCGGUCAGCUGUUCGUGGCUUUAAAGCCGGCUAGGUAAGAGUCAACACGACGGAGUUUGCCAAGCUGCUUUCUGUCCACUCGGCAGCAUUUGGGGGCACACCCCGCGUCACUAGUAACUGAGGAGGCUAUGACAUCUACAGUGGAUCCUGAAGCAGUUACAUCUUCAGAGAGGUGUAUUACUUCUGUGUGGAAGUCAAGUAACGAGGGAACCACUGGUAGAGCAAGUAGUGGAAGUGCACAGCCUGACAGCAGUUUAGCUGUCAAGGCUUCAAGAUUUCAACAGUUACCGAACACAAAAAAUGAUACAAUGAUUCCAGUAUUAUCUUCGAAGAAAGCAAGCGAAUUACCAGUCAGUGAAGUAGCCUGGAUUCUUAAGGCUGAUCUUCAGAGUGGUUUAAACAACCCAGAGGUUUGUCACAGGAGAGCUGCUCAUGGCUGGAAUGAAUUUGAUAUUGGUGAAGGCGAGCCUCUAUGGAAAAAAUAUAUUGAACAGUUCAAAAAUCCUCUUCUUAUGCUCCUGCUGGCUUCUGCUGUCAUCAGCAUUUUAAUGCAACAGUUUGAUGAUGCCAUCAGUAUCACUGUGGCUAUACUUAUCGUUGUUACUGUUGCCUUUGUUCAGGAAUAUCGCUCUGAAAAAUCUCUGGAAGAGCUCAGCAAGCUAGUACCACCAGAAUGCCAUUGCAUUCGAGAAGGGCGAAUGGAGCACACACUAGCUAGAGAGUUGGUCCCUGGGGACACUGUCUGCCUGGCAGUUGGUGACAGAGUUCCUGCAGACUUGCGCCUGUUUGAGGCAAUGGAUAUUUCUGUGGAUGAAUCUAGUUUAACUGGAGAGACUGCACCAAGUGCCAAAUCUACAGCACCCCAGCCAUGUGCAUCAAAUGGAGAUCUAACCUCAAGAAGCAACAUUGCUUUCAUGGGAACGCUAGUCAGAUGUGGAAAAGCUAAGGGUAUUGUUAUUGGGACAGGAGAAAAUUCAGAAUUUGGGGAAGUGUUUAAAAUGAUGCAAGCUGAAGAGGCGCCAAAGACACCCCUGCAGAAAAGCAUGGACAUUUUAGGGAAGCAGCUCUCCCUGUAUUCAUUCGGUAUUAUCGGUGUAAUCAUGCUGGUUGGCUGGCUGCAGGGGAAGCAUAUUCUUGAUAUGUUUACAAUUGGUGUAAGUUUGGCAGUGGCUGCUAUACCUGAAGGACUCCCUAUUGUGGUAACAGUUACAUUAGCGCUUGGCGUUAUGAGAAUGGUGAAAAAACGAGCCAUUGUGAAGAAAUUACCCAUUGUAGAAACUCUAGGUUGCUGUAAUGUUAUCUGUUCAGAUAAAACUGGAACUCUGACAAAAAACGAGAUGACUGUGACUCACAUUUUUACUUCAGAUGGACAUCAUGCAGAGGUAACUGGUGUUGGAUACAAUCGCUUUGGGGAAGUCAUUCACGAUGGGGAAAUCAUUCAUGGGUUUUGCAAUCCUUCAAUAAGCAAGGUCAUAGAGGCAGGAUGUGUGUGCAAUGAUGCUGAAAUAAGGAACAAUACAUUAAUGGGGAAGCCUACUGAGGGUGCACUAAUAGCUCUUUCUAUGAAAAUGGGGCUUGAAGCUCUUAGACAUGACUUCAUAAGGAGAGCAGAGUAUCCAUUCAGCUCAGAGCAAAAGUGGAUGGCUGUAAAAUGUGUGCACAGAACCCAGCAGGAUAAGCCAGAAAUUUGCUUUAUGAAAGGGGCUUAUGAGCAAGUUAUUAAAUACUGCACCACAUACAACAGCAAGGGCCAGACCUUACCUCUGACUCAGCAGCAAAGAGAACUUUAUCAACAAGAGACUGCUUAUAUGGGUACUGCUGGCCUACGGGUUAUUGCUAUGGCAUCUGGUCCUGAACUGGGACAGCUGAUGUUUCUUGGUCUAGUAGGCAUGAUUGAUCCUCCAAGAACAGGUGUCAAAGAAGCAGUCAGUACACUUAUUCGCUCUGGAGUUGCCAUUAAAAUGAUUACUGGAGACUCCCAGGAAACCGCUGUUGCAAUUGCCAGUCGUUUAGGUUUUUAUUCAAAAGGCCUGCAGUCUCUCUCAGGUGAAGAUGUCGAUAUAAUGGACAUUCAGCAGCUUUCACAAAUGGUAUCAAAGGUUUCUGUGUUUUAUAGAGCCAGUCCCCGGCACAAAUUAAAAAUUGUGAAGUCACUGCAGAACAUUGGCGCAGUGGUGGCAAUGACAGGUGAUGGCGUAAAUGAUGCUGUAGCUCUGAAGGCAUCUGACAUUGGGAUUGCAAUGGGGAAAACUGGAACAGAUGUGUGUAAAGAAGCAGCUGAUAUGAUCUUGGUGGAGGAUGAUUUCCAAACAAUAAUGUCAGCCAUCGAAGAAGGAAAAGGAAUCUAUAACAACAUUAAAAACUUUGUACGCUUCCAGCUUAGCACGAGCAUAGCUGCGCUAACUCUAAUAUCCCUUGCCACUUUAAUGAAUUUUCCUAAUCCUCUCAACGCGAUGCAGAUUUUAUGGAUUAAUAUCAUUAUGGAUGGCCCUCCAGCUCAAAGCCUUGGUGUGGAGCCGGUUGAUAAAGAUGUGAUCAGAAAGCCACCUAGAAAUCUUAAAGACAGCAUACUGACUAAGAAUUUGAUCAUCAAAAUACUUCUUUCAUCCUUUAUCAUAGUGUGUGGUACACUUUUUGUCUUCUGGAGAGAGCUGCGUGAUAACCUCAUUACACCCAGAGACACAACAAUGACAUUUACCUGUUUUGUGUUUUUUGAUAUGUUCAAUGCUUUAAGUUCACGAUCACAGACUAAAUCUGUGUUUGAGAUAGGCCUGUGCAGCAACAAGAUGUUCUGUUAUGCAGUGCUUGGGUCCAUCAUGGGUCAGUUGUUGGUCAUUUACUUCCCACCACUGCAGAAGGUGUUUCAGACAGAAAGUUUAAGUAUGCAAGAUUUGGUGUUCUUAAUAGGACUGACCUCUUCAGUGUGUAUUGUGUCAGAGAUCAUAAAGAAGUUGGAAAGGAGCAAGGAGGAGAAUCAGAAACACAGCACCUCUACGUUUUUCCUUGAAGUAUGAUGCAUAUUGCAUUGUUUUUAACUGCAAGUCAGGGGAGUAGCACUUUGAUGAAGUCCUGCAACAAACAAAAAAAAAAAACCGCUGCUCUGGGCUUCAGAGGUUCCAUGGAAUUUACCUUUAUUUAGUGCGAAUUUUAUAAAAUGUCAUCUUUGAUACAGAUAAAGGAUACUCUUGAUGGACUUUAUAUUCCUAAAAUAUGUGCUGGGGCCAGUGUUUGAAAAAAAGAUUCCUUAAACCUGCAUUUGGUUAAUACCACCCACCUGAGUAAUGUGUAGGUUUAAGUCUUUUGUAUGGUUGAACCUCAUACUUUAGUUUAUAUUUUUAUAUGUAUAUUCUCUCCUGCUCAAUGAUGGGGUUUUGUUACUAAACUAAUUUUUUUUUAAGUCUGGAAGGUGUUGUGAUAAAGCCCAUGGCCCAAGCCAUGUCCCAAUACUGUAUUUAUUUUCUGCCAUUUUUCAUUGCACACUUGCUCGUAUCUGGCAAAUAUUGUGAGUACAGGAUGUGAGAACUCUCCUAUGAACUACCUGUGCAACACUAUAUAACAUUAUACUGAAUGAAUGUGAUUUCUACAGCCAUUUUUGUGUAAGCAACGCAAGCCUACCCUUUAGCUUCAUUGGCUCAUCUGUAACAUAACUACUGUAUUUACCAAACAGUUACGAUGUCAUUGCACUGUAACAUUAUUUUAAAGCAAAGUAAACCGAAAAGGUCCCAAUAUUCCACACUAAAGUUUGUAACACUUCCUACAUUUUCUAUGCUGUAAUUCAUUUAUCGUGAACUGCUAAAUUGUGAUAUCAAUGGUCAUUCUUUAAAUAUGACUCUUGCGCAGAUUUCCAACUCAUCACACUUAUUUAAUAUUGAAUUUGUACUACUGCAGAAUAAUCUAUUUCUCUUCUUUUUAAAUAUUAAAUUGAAGGUGCAACACCCCAUAAUAUUUUCUUCAUAUAUUGUCCCUAGACAUUAUUAAAGGUGUAGUUCACCUUUAAAUUAACUUAGUGAUGUAGACAGUGAUAUUCUCAAGCAAUUUUGUCAUAAUUUUUUUUUUAAAAAAAAAUUAGGUAGCUUUCUAUUCAACAGUUUAGUGUUUCAGCAGCUAUCUGGUUGCUAUGGUUUUAUUUAGCCUAGCAACAAGGCAGCGAUAAACUGGAAUAGGAGAAGGGCUGAAUAGAAGAAUACAUACCGUAAUACAAAGUAACAAUGACAAUAAAUGUGGAGCCUCAAAAAGCAAUCAUUUUUUGGUUUCUGGGGUCAGUGACUCCCAUUGGAAAACUAUAAGAAAUAAUUAAUGAAGACUAAUUGCAAAGUUGGUAGGAAUACAAAAUGUUGUGACAGACCCCUUUAAAGGGGUUGUUUUACCCUUAAUUUUACUGUUAUAAUAUAAUAUAAAAUCUGCUGAAAUUUUUUUAAAAAAAAUCCCACAGAGAAUUUUACUCUGAAUAUUGCAAUCUAUAUUAAUUUAAAGGUGAACUACCGCUAAAUAUCAGGGGAUAACGUUUUGUGUGUCACUGUCUUUGAGAUGCUUUAUUACUGGCCAAGCAGAGAAGUAUAGUGUAUUAUUCACCAAAACAUGACUGUAUAUUAUCAACAUCUAUGGUGAAUGCCUCUCACAAAGGACAAUGUAGCUGGUCCCUGCACACAGUAUUUUCCUACAUGAUAUUAAACCUGUAAGGGCAAAUAUAUGGAAGGUAGACAUUCUUAUAAAGCGCAUCCAUUUUCUCUUUCA